UUUUUUUCUCAGACCAAGAUACAUGGUCGUGACCGGGUGAAGCUGAUGGAGAGUCUGGUGGUGGGAGAUAUUGCAGAGCUGAGGCCAAACCAGGGGACCCUGUCGCUGUUUACCAAUGAGGCCGGGGGCAUCUUGGAUGACUUGAUUGUGACCAACACCUCGGAGGGACACCUGUACGUGGUGUCCAAUGCUGGCUGCCGGGACAAGGACCUGGCCCUCAUGCAGGACAAGGUCAGGGAGCUGCAGAGCAGGGGCAGCGACGUGGGCCUGGAGGUGGUGGACAAUGCCCUGCUCGCCCUGCAAGGCCCCACGGCGGCCCAGGUGCUCCAGGCUGGCGUGGCGGACGACCUGAGGAAGCUGCCCUUCAUGACCAGCGCCGUGAUGGAGGUGUUUGGCGUGCCCAGCUGCCGCGUCACCCGCUGUGGCUACACGGGAGAGGAUGGUGUGGAGGUGGGUCAGGGAGUGGCGGCAGGGCAGCGGUGGACUCGGGGCGGCGGCGCCGGGCCGCCAUGGACUUUCCUGGGGCCGCAGUUUUCCGAGUACAGCCGGCCGGGCACCCCGCUCCUGGUGCAGGUGCGGCGGCAGCAGCAGGUGGCUGUGGUCAGCAAGAUGCCCUUCGUGCCCACCAACUACUACACCCUGAAGUGAGGGUGGCUGGGGGCGGGGCCCUCCACGGGAGGGCCUUCUACAAGGGCUGGCCAGGAAGCUGAGGCAGGACACGUGGGAGGUGGCGAGGGUGUAGGCUGGUUCUGGUUGUCUGGUUGUGGGCAGGACACACCACCUGCACCCCCUCACCCUGUGCCACUUCAAUUUCAAGACCGAUUUCUUAGUGCCGGACCAGCUCACCAAUGUCUUGUUUCUGCCCACGCUCCCGUGGGCCCACUCUCACCUGCUGAGGGCUGAGAAGCGUCAGUCCCCGCAUUUCCUCUGCCGGGUGCUGCCUGUGCCUCAAAGGCUCACCUUUAGGAGGAUCGAGCUGCCCAGCCUACCUCACACUUCCAAGGGCGUGACCUUGGGCAGUGCCAGCCACCUGCUCUGGUUUACUGCCCAUGAAUGCAAACCGCUGCCUCUCCCUGGGCAGCACCGAUUCCUGACCCGGAGGCGUGGCUCAGGAGGGCUGCUGCGCCCGGGUGCAAACUCGGCGAUGGCUGAGGGGCACAAGUUGGCCCAGCCUGCUGCCCAGCGGCAAGCCAGCCAGGCUCACCGCUGUUCUGAGCCCAGGGCUGCUGUAGGGCAGGCUGGGCCCCCUCCUGGGCCUGCCUUCCCCUAUGGCCUGUGACUGGACGCCACUGACUCCUAAAAAAUAAACGAGCUUCCUUCUUCUUGCCAGA